CCCACAAUAGAAACUGCACUCUGCUCCAGUGAGUUUGCCCUCCCAGUCCCACACCUGAGGAGAGCCAUCUCUGGACUGAAGGUUCAAACUGCGAUUUCUGACUCCACUUCCAUUCUGGUCUGUGAUCACCACUAUGAUGAUGUCCUUUCAUUACAUUCCCAUUCUAGAGAUCUUCCUGGGCAUCCUGGGCUUCGGUCUCUCCAUCAUGUUCUGCACCACCUUCUGCAGGGCGUGCAGUCGCCUGAGGGAGGAGGAGUUAGAGAGGGAGGUGUUGAGACGCAGUGAGCAGGGCGGGAGCCGGCCUCCUAUAUUUUUUAUCCCCUUCCCUAGAAGCAUGUCGCAGCAGGACAGUGAAGACGUGAGGAUGCCUCAACAAAGCCAGGAUCUCCACACAACUCCUCCAAGAUACAGCACAGCUGUCGUCUCUGGGCCCCCACCUUCCUAUGAUGAGCUGGGAUUCAAACCUGAUGAUCUUCCCCCUGCUUACACAGAACAUACUGUUCCUGUGUAUCCAAUAACACCCCAGUCGCACACAGACAUGGCACAAUCACAAACCCGGUCGCAACCAUAAGCCGGGACCAUCACAUUGUGUCUGUGUUGAGGUUAUGGACGGUCUUGAUUAUUGCACUGAAUCAUGGACUUGAGCUGGUAGCUGGAGUUUACAACAUUUUAAAGAAACUUUAUCUUGUGAGCUUUGCUUUUUAUUGUGGUAAUGAAUGCGUUGUUGGAACAGAGAUGAUGAAAGCUGCAGAGAUGGCACCAGGUUUAUAGCUACAGUGCCAUGAGUUUACAGCACAUUGUCCAAGCCACUAAACCACUUAAGACCCAAAAUAGAUUUUAUUCCCAUGCAUGAUGAUUGUUCAACUUGGACUGUGUGUAUCAUCUCCCUAAGUGGUGUUGUUACCUCCACCAUGGAGGUUGUGUUUGAGUUCAGUCUGUUUGUUUGUUUGUUUGUUUGUUAGCAGGAUAUCUCAGAAGCCACUUUAUAGGCAGUUAUGAUAUUUAGUGUAAAUUCAGUCGUAGAUCCAAAUCCAAAUGGUGCCACCAUGUGGCCAUUUAUGAAGCACUUUGUUUUGGCUCAUGUCUCCUGAAUCAUGAGGAGUGGGUGCCAUUUCCCCCCUUGGAUUCUUUUUUCCGAACAUGUAUUAGUGCCUCUCAACACUUCUACCAAUUUAUUUUGUCUUUGCAAAAUCUGGUUCAUUACAUAUUUGGAUGAGCUGCAUGUGUUGUACUGUUUUCCUAUAACUGGCUGCCCAAGUCUUGUAGUUGUGGUCUGUGUGACAUAAACUGACAUAUCAUACAAAUUUGAUAACAGUUUGCUGAUAUGUGGCCCAACAACAUGCUAAACUUAAAUACAAACAACUCAGUAUUCAGUGUGAUUUGCUUUCUCUCCUUUCUCACACACAGGAUUUUGAUAUUUGCCAAAAAAUUAUGGCAGAUAUUAUCUACCCCAAAUGCUGAUUAAAAUAUGUCUUCUUUCAUCAAAUCACUGGUUUAGAAGACUGUUCGGCCUUAGGGAGGUACAGUAUGUGUUCUCUGAGUGCUGUGUAGUUCACAUUCUUACAGGAAUACUGAACUGAGCAGCACUGAGGUAAAGACAUAGACACAAAAGGUGUGUUUUUACAUGUAGCAGAGGUGGGGAGAACUUUUGUAAAGAUUCAAUGGUCCAAAGCAAAAACUUGUUCUCAGCUCUGUCCUGAAAUUGGAUUACAUGUUUCUUCCUAUUUUCUUUCUUUCUUUGUCCUUAUUUUCUUUUUGGUGACACGGGACCCACAACCCACUGCUAAAUGCUGGGGUCCCAUAGAAUUUACCUGAAAGAUUAAAGCAGUGUUUUAAAGUCAGAGGUGUCACUUAUCCCCCAAGAAAUUAUGGGAUAAAUAUAUAUAUCUUUAAGUGUUUAUAUUUAAUUUGCCAUCAUUUUUCUGUGUAAACAUAAAAUGUGCAUAAUGUUGAUAUUGUCAUGUGUACAUAUCAUACAUUUUUCAACAAACAACACUGUAAAUACAGUAUUUUCACCUUAACUGUGAUGUGUAUUCACAUUUUGGCACAAAACCAUUCCCUUGUAACGAGUGGAAUAAAAGUUGAUCUGUUUUGCAAAGA